AUGAAGCUGGACUACUUGAUAUUUAUCACGCACAUCGAAGAACACGACGUUGCGAUUCGAGUAUCUGUCGUGCAGGUCAAUCCCCUCGAAUCUUUGAGGAAACUGGACGUAGCAGAUUUUGCUCCCCGAAAUAGGAUCCAUCAUGAAACACAUGGCUUCCCUGAGCGCCUUGCUGUUAUUGAUAUAGUGGUCGCAGUCGACGUUCAGGAUGUAAGGAGAGUUGGAGAGGACAGCUGA